UUCUCGCGGCGGGAGAAUCGCUGGGCCCCGAGCGGAGGCCGCGCGCGGGGCCGGCUCGCCAUGGAGCGACUGCGGGAGGUGCGGGCGCACCUGCAGGCGUGGGAGCGCGCGUUCCGGCGGCAGCGCGGGCGGCGGCCGGUGCAGGUACGGGCUGCCCGGGGGCGGGAGGCUGCUGGGGUGGCCCCGGCUGACGCGCUCCCUUCACAGGAGGACGUGGAAGCGGCGCCCGAGGAGACCCGCGCGCUCUACCGGGAGUACCGCGCCCUGAAGGAGACCCUGCGUCCGGUCAGCGGCGCUGGACCCCGCGGCCCCGUGCAGGCGCUCCCGGAGGCGGCCGAGGAGGUGCCCGAGCCCAGCUGCUGGGGCUCCCACCUGAAUCGGGCUGUAACCCAGAGUCUCCCCGCUGCUGUCGCGCCGAGCCCUCGCGGGUCUGUGCCGGACUAUGGGAAGCGGCUCAAGGCAAACCUGAAGGACGCUCUGCAGGCUGGGCCAGCCCUGCGCCGAAUCCCCCGGCCUCCGCAAAGACCCCCACCCAAGGUGCCUUCCCCAGGGCUGCCAGCUGCAGGGGCUGACCCCGUGUCUCCUGAAGAAGUCAGUGAGGUGCUGCCCCAGCUCCCCAGGGCCCAGCUAAGGCCAGGCCGGCUCCAGCAGCUGCAGGAGUCCCUGAGCCUGCGGCUGGGCUCCCUCGAUCCUGGCUGGCUACAGAGGUGUCACAACGAGACCCAAGGUUUUCUGGUGACUUCCGAGGCCUGCCAGCCUGUCCUGGGUACAGAGGAGCCACCGCCCCUGACUUCAGGUGUUCCCUCUGGUCCUGGCCCCAGCACAGGCCCUGAGGCACCUUUUCUGGGCUCAGAGGCUCCAGCUAUGAAGGUACCUGGGGUCAGUGCAGGGAACCCCCUACUAGGCAGCAGGCAAGGCAAGAAGCGGAGAAAGAGUGGGGAGCCAAAGGGGACGGCUGCUGCCCAGGCCCAUCCGCACAGCAGCCGAGAAGGCUCCCCGCCAGAGGGAGCUGGGGCUGUACUGCCUGCAGGAGAGCGUCCAGGGGAGCCCAUGCCGGCGCAGCUCCUCCCCGGCCCCUCAGCCCCCAGGCCAGCUGUCCGGGACAGGGGUAAUUACGUUCGGCUCAACCUGAAGCAGAAACGCUAUGUCCGGGGCCCAGCCCUGCGUGGCAGACUCCUCCGAAAGCAGGCAUGGAAGCAGAAAUGGAAGAAGAAGGCAGAACAUUUGGGGGGUGGUCAGCCCAAUGCCCCAGUCAAGGAUUCUUGCUUCCGGUGUGGGCAGCUCGGCCACUGGGCAUCCCAAUGCCCCAGACCAGGCCCCAAACCUACCCGGGUCCCCAAGGAGGAGGGUGGCAAAGACGAAGAUGACAGGCAGAUGCUGCCCACGUUAGCGGCAGUAGCUCAGAGGACACACGCUGCCUGCAGCCAGCUCCGUGGUGAGGAAGAUACAGAUCCUGCUGGGUCUGAGCUGCUAGUGCCCAUGGAGGCACCUGUGCCUGGGGGACCCUGCCCAUCCCCAGCUGUGCCGCCACUCUACCUGCCGGGUCCCUUGGGGCAGGUGGCAGCGACGCCAGUUGAGGUGUUGCAGGCCCUGGAGCAGCUGGGGCACCGAGCCUUCCGCCCUGGGCAGGAGCACACAGUCAUGCGAAUCCUGUCUGGCAUGUCCACACUGCUGGUGCUGCCCACCGGUGCCGGCAAGUCCCUGUGCUACCAACUCCCUGCGCUGCUCUACGCCCAGCGAAGCCCCUGUCUCACGCUGGUCAUCUCUCCUCUCCUGUCCCUCAUGGACGACCAGGUGUCUGGCCUGCCCCGAGGCCUGAAGGCGGCUUGUGUACACUCGGGCAUGACAAGGAAGCAGCGAGACUCCGCCCUGCAGAGGGCUCGGGCAGGCCAGGUACACGUGCUGAUGCUGUCACCCGAGGCAUUGGUUGGAGCUGGGACCGGGAGCCCUGCCUGCCUCACUCAGCUGCCCCCAGUGGCCUUUGUCUGUAUUGACGAAGCCCACUGCCUCUCUCAGUGGUCCCACAACUUCAGACCCUGCUAUCUACGUGUCUGCAAGGUGCUGCGGGAUAGCCUGGGUGUGCGCUGCUUCCUGGGUCUCACAGCCACAGCCACACGCAGCACCACUCUCGACGUGGCCGAGCACCUGGGCAUAGCCAAGGAGGGUGUCCUCAGGGGACCGAUCACCAUCCCUGCCAACCUGCACCUUUCUGUGUCCAUGGACAGGGACCCAGACCAGGCUCUGGUGACACUGCUGCAGGGGGACCGCUUCCGCACCCUGGACUCCGUCAUCGUCUACUGCAACAGGCGUGAGGACACUGUGCGGGUCUCCGCUCUGCUGCGCACCUGUUUGCCUGAGGCCAGGGCUCCCGGGCCUGGAGGUGAGGCUGGGCGGGCUGUGCCCCACAGACUUUCCCAUGCAGACAGCCCACCAACCAUCUGUGUCUUUCCUGCAGGCCGGGCCCCGGCGGCUGUGGCUGAAGCCUACCAUGCCGGCAUGUGCAGCCGGGAGCGGCGGCGGGUGCAGCGGGCCUUCAUGGAGGGCCGGUUGCGGGUGGUCGUGGCCACAGUGGCCUUUGGGAUGGGAUUGGACCGGCCAGAUGUGCGGGCUGUUCUGCACCUGGGGCUCCCCCCGAGUUUUGAGAGCUACAUUCAGGCCGUGGGCCGGGCUGGGCGUGAUGGGCAGCCUGCACACUGCCACCUCUUCCUGCAGCCCCAGGGCGAGGACCUUCGGGAGCUGCGCAGACACGUGCAUGCCAACGCCAUUGACUUCCUUGCUGUGAAGAAGCUGGUGCAGCGUGCGUUCCCGCCCUGCACCUGUGCCCGGUGGCGGUCUGAGCAGGAGGGAGGCGAGCGACAGGAGGGAGGCUCCUCCAAGCAACCCAGCCAUGAGCAAACAGCCCGGUGCCCGGGCCACAAGCGGGCACUCCCAGUGCAGCCGACAGUGCAGGCUCUGGACAUGCCUGAGGAGGUCAUUGAGACUCUUCUGUGCUACUUGGAGCUGCACCCACAGCACUGGCUGGAGCUGCUGGCACCCACUUACACUCACUGCUGCGUGCGAUGCCCUGGGGGCCCCACCCAGCUCCAGGCCCUGGCCAGCAGGUGUGUCCCCUUGGCUGCGUGCUUGGCCCAGCAGCUGCCUGGGAACACAGGUGGGGGAAGCAGCACUGUGGAGUUUGACGUGGUUGAGCUGGUGGACUCCAUGGGCUGGGAGCUGGCCCCCGUGCGGAAGGCCCUCCACCAACUGCAGUGGAACCCAGAGCCCAGGAAAGGUGUGCCUCGGGGCACAGGGGUGCUGGUGGAGUUCAGCGAGCUGGCCUUCUACCUGCACAGCCCUGGAGACCUGACCGCCCAGGAAAAGGACCAGAUCUGUGGCUUCCUUCAUGACCGAGUGCAGGCCAGAGAGCGGGAGUCCCUGGCCUGUCUGCGCCUUAUGUUCCAGGCCUUUCACAGCGUAGCCUUCCCCAGCUGCGGGCCAUGCUUGGAGAAGCCGGACGAUGACCGCAGCACCAGGCUCAAGGCCCUGCUCAGCCACUACUUUGAGGAAGAGGGACCAGGGGGUGAGGAGGAAGCACAGGGCCCAGAGCCGGGACAGGCCAAGCUCCAGGACUGGGAGGACCAGAUCCGAAGGGACGUCCGCCACUUCCUGUCCUCGUGGCCAGAGCAGCAGUUCUCAGGCAGGGCUGUGGCCCGCAUCUUUCAUGGCAUCGGAAGCCCCUGCUUUCCAGCCCAGGUGUAUGGACGGGACCAGCGCUUCUGGAGGAAGUACCUGCACCUGAACUUCCACGCCCUGAUCAAGCUGGCCACCGAGGAGAUCCUGCUGUGGGGCCGCUGACACCUGGCCCCAGGCAGGCCCUGUCCCCCAUGUCAGACACAGGUGUGAACAGGCACAUGGAGAGUGGCAGGUGCAAGACCCAAGACGAGGGGCUGUCAGUGGCUGGGACAGUGGCUGACCUUGGACAAAGCCUACUGCCCGGAUGUGGGCACAAGGAGGCCCCAAAAUACAAAAUAGAAGAUGCUGGAGUUGUUGCAGGGACCCUCCUUUUCGGUGCGGCGGUGCCACAGUCUGGGCAGCCUUGAGCACCACACAUCCCAGACAGACACAAGCAGGCCGGUCGGUCACACUUGGUUUUACUGACUA